AUGCGCUUCACGAUUUUACUUGUCCUAGCGACAACUACGCUCGUGGCGGGGGAUUCCGUCAUCUCUCUAUUCAUCCCGGACACUGAUCCGCAACCGUUGGUCGCUUCGAUUGUAGCACAGAACUCCGCGACAACAUCGUUGAGCGUGAAUUGCCCGUCCAGUACUAAGAGCGAGAUUUGCGGAAUGGGACCUGGUCUUUUCUUGACUACGGCGCCAACCAGCGUUGAAUAUUUGAUCAGUGAUAGCGCUGGCAGUAUUUAUGAUCAUGUUGUUUGCUUUAUGACAGGGACUACUAGUGGAGUGUGCACCGCCACUAUUACUGGACAUGGUGCCAACUUUCCAGGUACAAGUACCUCGACUCUCAAUCAAGAUCAGAUAACAUCGUUGCCUGUAACUGUCAUUGCCGGCCCUUCCAACUCGAUGGCAACAACCACAUCCGCCUCGCCCCGAAACGGGCCAAUCCCCGCGACCAGCGUGACAUCGAGCACGGGACAUGGGAUGGCAUCCAGCACGCAUGCUACCACACAUUCCACUUCGGGUAAUUCUCAGACAGGGGGUAUUGCUCUGAUGACUGGAUCAUCUGAAUUGAUGUUUAUUGGUGGGGCAGUAGCUUUUAUUGCCGGCCUGUGA